AUGAACAAUGCACCGACCAUGGCCCGGCCCCACGAAUACACCUCUCUCUGGUGGCCCGAGGAGAGAAUCACGGCCACACUCGACACCAAGUACAUCAUUAGCCGUCUACGACCUGAGAGUGUUCCUCAGCUUUUUGAUCUACCCCGUUGGGGCGAGGGUCUGACGAGCGAGACCUACAUGGAACGGAUUAUGACCAAAGCUGGCCGCCUCUUCUUGAUACUCAACGAGAUAGGGAUCCCCGAUCGUAUCUUCGCUCUUGUCGACGAGUCACGCGAUGACGAUGACCUACCAAUGGCGGAACAGAACAUCGAUCUUCUGUGUCUUUCUCCCUACGGCAACGAUCCUACCCUCGAUGCAAGCUUUUUCCAUGCCCAAUGGCGCUUUCUAGUUCGCGGGAUUUCCGAAGGCGAACACGUUGCCUAUACAGCAAAUGAAGGUGUUCCGGUAGAGGUGGCACGAGCUACGACAAGCAGCGGAGUACAAGGCAGGGAUGAGACAGUCGAUAAAGUUGUUCUGUCCGGGACAGUAUGUCGUGUCUUUUUGCGCACCCGGGUCCAAGUUGGUGGUGCGCCACAUUUCUUCUCCUCGGACGAAGUACUCGAAGAAAUUCGAUCUUUGAGGAAACUCGCGCAUCAGCAUCUCUUCUCGAUCUAUGCUUCAUAUUUCGUCGACGAUACUGUAUGUGUGCUUUUUACUGGGGCUGAAACAGAUCGCACACUGCAAAGUUUCUUGAGUGAUGAACCUCUGACCUUCAAACGCCUACCCAAGGAGGAGCGCCGUCAGACUCUCAUCACCUGGCCUCAUUGUCUCGUAUCUGCAUUGUCCUGGCUGCAUGUUCGUGGCCAUUCUCAUACUGCAAUUCGGCCUUCCAACAUUCUCGUCGAUCCAGACUUCAAUAUCAUUCUGGGCCAAUUCCAAGCCCUCGAUUCUCUUCUUGCACCGCCACGAGUUAACGACCUCGAGUCUUAUCAAUACUCUGCUCCCGAACGCUGGAUUCACACUGCCACUGCGCCCAUUCAUCCAGUGCAGCAAGCCCCUAGCAAAGUGAUCCUUCCCUCGGGGGGUCGAACUGGGCGGCGGAAGAAGCCUGUUCGUCUCUGCCCUAGCACCACUCAACGAAACUGGGAGCCCACCAUCAUCACCAGACAAUCCUCGACCAGACUCUGCCGCAUCCAAGGGAACCGUUAUUCAUCUUGGACUCCCAAGAUCCCCAUCUCGCUUCUCCUUCGCUUUUUCAUCUUCUUCCUCCUCGUCUGGCGCAUCCUCAAAUUACACCUCCACAAACUCCGCUUCGACCGGCUCCCCAAAACAAAGCAGUCCCCUCUGGUCCAAAAGACCUCGAAGCCUCUUCCCAAUCCCAUCACUAAGAUCAUCGACCUCCUCAUCGUCAUUAUCUUCAACAAGCUCCUCUCUAAUCGCUCCGCCCCCCCUCGACUCCUUCAACUAUCCUCCCAACCUGGCACUCAACCCAAACCUCCCAAUCAUCUGCAGAUCUCUUCUCCCUCGCCGCCAUUAUUCUCGACAUUCUUACCCACCUCUGUAAGAGAAGCUCAGCAUCCUUUGUCUCCCACCGCAGUGCCCGCAACCGCUCCGCCGGUCGUGGCGGCGGAAUGGCAGACGCCUCAUUCCAUCUCGCCCGCAAUUCAGUCCAGGUACAAUCCUGGAUUGCCCUGCUAG